AUGCCAAAUAUUCGAGCUGCCGUUAGUGUAUUUCAGCUGACAGAUUUCCCCACUCUAGUGAGUAAAUGCAGAAUAUUUAAAGCCAAUACUAAGGGUAAGACGGUGGAUACCAGAAUCGGUGAUCCUGUGAGGCAAGACCGAAGACCUUCAAGAUUUUCUAGAGGACCUUACUCUAGUCCAAAUCAGUCUCAAGUGAAAAGGACUAUAUCUCAAGAAGAUAGUAGUGGUGGUUCUAGUUCUUUCAGAAGGCCACUAAAAUGUUUCAAGUGUGGUGGACCACAUAUUAAAAAGAAUUGUCCUCAACUUCCACCAACAUGUGACAUUUGUGGAAAAAUGGGACACUAUGCAAGUGUCUGUUGGUCUGCUCCACAAAAGAGAGGAAGCAUGAGCGUGGUACAAAGACCUGAAUCUAGAGCGAGCAUUGGAACAAAGCCAACUAUGAAAGGCAAAGUUUUUGCUAUGAGUGGAGCUGAGACUUCAAAAUCAGAGGAGCUUAUUAGAGGUAAAUGUAUCAUAAAAUACCGACUUUUAGAUGUGUUAUUUGAUUCUGGUGCUACUUAUUCCUUUAUUUCUGUGGAUUGUAUGAGAUGUCUAGAAUUACCUUUAUCUGAAUUGUCUUGUGAUGUCAUUGUAUCUACUUCUAUGGGUAAGCCCGUAGCAACUUCUUUUGUGUGUUUAGGUUGUCCUGUGAUGGUACAUGGUAGAAGUUUUAGUAUAGAUUUGAUUUGUUUACCUCUUUCCCAACUUGAUAUAAUUUUGGGAAUGGAUUGGUUGUCAUCCAACCAUGUUCUAUUGGAUUGUAAAGAGAAAAUUUUGAUUUUUGGCACUAAAGUAUCAGAAAGUGCUAGACUCUUAAGUCCAGAUCCGUUGGGAAAUGUAAUGAGUGCUAAGGCUUUCAUGGUUCUAUUUUUAAUUGAGACUGAAAAUGAAAUGAAGCCUGAGUAUAUCCUAGUGGUGAGAGAUUUUUUACAAGUUUUCCUUGAUGAUGUUAUUAAAUUGCCACCGGAAUGA